AUGAAAAAGGAUGAAUUGUUAUAUCACGCGAAAAGGUUAAAUUCACAUUUAAAUGCAAACAUCAAAAUUGCAAAAAGUUAUAAAAAGUCAGUUAUAAAUAAUAACUUAGUAUCAUACUUGGGGUCAAUCUCAAAAGAUACCACCAGAGCAAAUCAGGCGCUUGAAAUUGUUUUAUCAAAAUGGUCCCGUAAUACUAAUACAAAAAAGAUCAGUGAUAACAUCAAUAUAAAUAACAAUCUUGCAGGAUUGUAUUCAAACAAUGAUUUAAGAUUUAAAUCAUCUCCAUUUUAUAACAUUAUUGAAAGAUUAUCACUACCAAAAAUAUGUUCUGACAUCACAGAUUUAUGCAAAGUAACUUCAGCACAUGUAAAUCAAGUCCAUUUUGGAUUUGCAGCUACUUCAAAGAAAUACUUGAUAAUUGUAUUGUUGAUUAAAACUAUCUUAGUUGAAGAAAUUGUUGAUAAGAUUAAGAAUGGAAAAUACAUUGAAAAAGAAGCUGUUUUAGAAAAAAUUAAAAAACAAAUUCAAGAUUCCGAUGUAGUUGCAACCUCAAGUAUUAUCUCAUUAAAAGAUCCGUUGGGACAAUGUAGAAUAAGCAUACCUUCAAAAACUACUGAAGAUCAAGAAACAAUUGUAAUUGAUUCAAAUGGCAAUUGGUCAGAAUGUAAAAAAGCCUAUAAACUUCACGAUAUUGAUGAAUCUGAUGAUACAUUUAAUAAACAUUCUCCAAAUAAAAAAAGAAAGAUAGAAAAUAAUAUUUUCAUUGUAGAUUCAAGUGAUGGUGAAGGCGAGGAAAACAAUUGUGAGAGCAAUGUUAAAGAUAUUCAAACAAUGGCUACUGAAAUUGAAAAGGCUGCUGAUGCUAAAUCCAUUAAUAUUAAUCAAAAUUUAAUUAAUAAUAUCAUUAGAACUAAUAGUACUUUAAAUAAUUUUAAUAACACUAUUACUGUGGAUUGUAAUGGUAGUGUCACUACUAUGGAUAAUAAUGGCCAGAUGCCUUUAAGAUUUGAUACUCUAGAACAAGAAUUGAAUAUAAUUGGUUUGUUUGGAUUAUUAAAUUUUGGAAGUGGAUAUCGUCAAGAAUUACACGAAGAAUGUGGACAAGUAUCUUCAUUGUUCCAAAUACCUUUACAAAUUGAUGUGCCACAUAAAACAAUUCAAGCUAUUACAAUAUCACAACCAUCAAAAUCUCGAGUUUUUGCAGAAAUCAUUACUUGGGUUCUGAAUGAUACAGGGAAAAUACUAGAAGACAGUGGAUAUAAAGAUUUUGCUAUGUUUUUAAUCGAUGCAUCUAAACCAGAAAGAGGUGGAGAAAAACCCAAAGCUGCUAAAAUGGUAGAAAAGCUGGUCAAAGCUUUUCCUACGUUUAGAGACAUGGCAAUGAUCAAUGAUCAACCUGUAUAUGUUUUCAAAAAAGCACAAUUCCUUGCUUCAAGUCUCUACCAUCGAUUUCAAAAUAAUAACAAAACAUCUGUUUUUGAUUUUGAAGAUAUCAAUGAACUUACAAUUGAUGGCAAUAAUGUGGUUCCAGCAAUACUUUAUCAUGCUAAUAUAAUGAAUUUACCAUCUCAUUUCAAAAAAUUUUUUGAAGAAAAUAAUAAAGAGAAUCCUAACAUACAAGAAAUAUAUUGUUUACGUGCAGCAGCUAUUGAUUCAUGUGAGAUCAUUUUAAGACAUGCUAGAUCAUUAGGUAGACAGGAAAUUAGUUUGAAGGGUUUAGAUAAGUAUAUUUGGCAAUUAGGCAAAAACGAUAAUAAUAAUAGACAAAUUGAGGGAUUUGUAAUUCAUAAUACAAUGUUUUUUUGA